AUGUCCAAGGCUUUAACCAGGAGAAUAAAGGAGCUGGAGGAAGAAUGGGGGAAGCUCAGGUCCGAGCUGAAGGAGAGAAGCGAAGCUGGAGAGGAUUCAGAGCUGAUGUCCAAUCCAUCCACUCAAGAAAACACUGACUCCAAACCUGAUGUUAAUACCAGCAGCUGUAAAAAGGGUAAGAAAGUAGCCAAAGACCGUCCUUUCGACUUCUCUGCACACCCUCGGCGACAUGUGGCUCUGCGGCUGGCUUACCUGGGAUGGUCCUACCAAGGGUUUGCAGUUCAGGAUAACACUGACAACACCGUGGAGGCCAGACUCUUUGAAGCUUUGCUGAAGACACGGCUGAUCCAGGACAGACAGAGCUCCAACUACCACCGGUGUGGUCGCACUGAUAAAGGAGUCAGUGCCUUUUCCCAAGUCAUAACAAUCGAUUUGCGCUCCACACAGUUUUGUGGAGGACUGGGCAUCUCAGUUCCUGAACAUGUUGAUGUUGGCAUCAAGAACAAAGCUACUGGCAGUGAGGUUCCCUAUGUGAAGAUGCUGAACAGAGUCCUGCCUCAGGACAUUAGGAUCUUGGACUGGUCUCCAGCUGCAGAGGGCUUCAGCGCUCGCUUUGACUGUAAGUCUCGCACGUACCGGUACUACUUCCCCCGCGGAUCCUUGGAUGUGACACUGAUGGCAGAGGCUGCAAAAAGAUACGAGGGAACUCAUGACUUUCGCAACCUUUGCAAAAUGGACGUGGGAAAUGGAAUCCUUCAAUUUGAGCGGACUAUCUUGUCUGCAUCAGUAAAGCCUGUGCAGCCUCAGGACAUCUCCAGCACUGGCCCAUAUGAUGUAUUCAUAUUUGAAAUAAAAGGAUUGGCCUUCCUGUACCAUCAGGUACGAUGCAUGAUGGCACUCCUUCUCCUGAUAGGGCAGAAACUGGAAGACCCGGAGCUAAUUGAUAAGCUCAUGGAUGUUCAGAGUAACCCCAGGAAGCCACAAUACAGUAUGGCAGUAGACUACCCGCUGGUGCUGCACGACUGCCACUUUCAAGGUCUGGCCUGGGAACAGGACAUUGAAGAGGUGAGCCACGUCCUGUCUGAGCUUCAGCAGCACUGGACCCAGAGCACAGUCCGGAGCCAAGUCCUGCACGGGAUGAUCCAGGGUUUGGAGGCCGCAGGUGGAGUGUCCUCCAAUGCCUGCUGUCUAGUAGAAGGCAGCAAGCAGAGAAACUACCGGCCCCUGCUCGAGCGUCCGUGCUGCGAGAGCCUGGAGUCCAGGAUAAACCAUUUUGUCAAAAGAGGCAGGCUGGAGCGGGAGGAAGGGGAGAAUGGAGGUGAAACGGUGCACAGAGGGAAAAAGUCCAAACAUUCCCACAGUUCCCCUAGUCUGCCUGUUUCAUCAGAGAUGUCAUCACCAAAACAAAGUACAGAUGAAAAAGCAGAAGAUUAAUAUAUUCUCACAGGAGAAUCAAUUUGCCAAUAUAUAAUUUGUAAUUGUUGUUUCUGCAAGCAUUGUAUAUACAUUUUAAUUCGAAAACAAAAUGUGUUUUUUUUUUCCUUUUUCAUUUCUUAAAAACUGUGUUAUUACAUUUUCAUUCAUGCAAAUCUUUUGCUUUGAAAUAAACACGUUUUGGAGAAA